AUGGCCUUGUGCAAUGCGGACUGGCCCAGUCUGUGGCCCUCCCUUGCCUUUUUGUGGUUCGCCCCUCCCCAAAACCCACAGGCUUUCAAUGUCACCUCAGAAUCACCACGCAUUAAGUGGAGCAAACUUCAGCCCAAUCAAGGAGAAAAGGAAAUAGCUGUUUUGGUGGCCCGUGAAAAUGUGGUCAAAGUCGUUCGUGGUUACGAGGGAAGAGUAUCUCUGCCUGGAUACCCCCACAACCGUUAUAAUGCCACACUGGUCUUGUCCAAUGCUCAUGCCAGUGACUCAGGGAUGUACCGCUGUGAGAUUGUUUUGGGCAUUGAAGAUGAGCAAGACACUGUGCCACUGGAAGUCUCUGGUCUGGUCUUUCAUUACCGAGCGGCAAGUAAUCGGUACGCACUGACUUUCCCUGAUGCUGUGCGAUCCUGUAAGGAGAACUCUGGUGUCAUUGCAUCUCCAGAACAGCUGCAGGCUGCGUUUGAGGAUGGCUUGGACAACUGUGAUGCAGGAUGGCUGUCUGAUCGAACUGCAGGGUAUCCAAUAAAAACUCCCAGGCCUGGUUGCUAUGGGGACAGAAAUAACCUGCCUGGUGUUAGGACAUAUGGAGAAAGGGAUCCACAGGAAACCUAUGAUGUAUAUUGUUACACCGAAGAGCCACAAGGAGAUGUUUAUUAUGUUGCCGAACGAAACAAUCUGGAAGGUGCCAGAAACUCCUGUCUGCGUGAUGGGGCAACAUUGGCCACAGUGGGGCAGCUAUAUGCAGCAUGGAGAAAAGGUUUAGACCAAUGUGAUCCAGGCUGGCUGGCAGACAACAGUGUCCGUUACCCAAUUCGGAACCCAAGAAAAAACUGUGGUGGUGAAGAACCAGGGGUUCGGACUUUAUAUCAAUAUCCAAACCGCACUGGUUUCCCUAGCCCCAUGAAGAAGUUUGGAGCAUAUUGCUACAAAGGUAAAAUUUGUAAUAUUAUAUAUCUGUUAUGGUAA